AUGUUUGGCAUUUGGCCAACCGACAGCUCCCACUUCGAGGCAGAGAAGGAGGCUUUGAAGACGUACUUGCCAACUAUCUCCAAGGACACCGUCAAGGUUUUCACUGUUGGUUCCGAGGCUUUGUACAGAAACGACUUGUCCGCCUCCGACUUGGCCUCGGCUAUUCUGGACGUCAAGUCUUUGCUUGCUGACAUCAAGGACAAGAACGGUGACUCCUACAGCUCUGUCCCAGUCGGAACUGUGGACUCCUGGAAUGUCUUGGUUGACGGUGGCUCCAAGCCAGCCAUCGAAGCCGCCGACUUUGUUUUUGCCAACGCUUUCUCUUACUGGCAAGGACAAACCAUGCAAAAUGCUUCGUACUCUUUCUUUGACGACAUUAUGCAAGCUUUGCAAACCAUCCAAGGCAUCAAGGGUUCCACCGACAUUGACUUCUGGGUUGGUGAGACCGGCUGGCCUUCCGACGGUACCAACUACGAGUCCUCUUACCCAUCCGUUGACAAUGCCAAGCAAUUCUGGAAGGAAGCCAUCUGUGCCAUUAGAGCAUGGGGCAUUAACGUUUGUGUUUUCGAAGCUUUCGACGAGGCCUGGAAGCCAAACACUUCUGGUACUUCUGAUGUUGAGAAGCACUGGGGUGUUUACGAUGCUUCGAACAACUUGAAGUACUCUUUGGGUUGCUCUUUCUAA